GAAACUCUAACUUCACUAAAACACCUCGACUUAUCUGGAAAUCCAUUUGCAUGUAACUGCUCAAACGCUGGGUUUAUAGACUGGGUGAUCAGAAACAAACAAGUCCAAGUGGUCAAUGCUUUUCAGUACAGAUGCUCCUCUCCUCCGUCUCCAGCUCUGCUUUGGUCCUUGUCACUCUUCUGUCCUCCUUCACCUAUCACUUUCUGCGAUGGCAGCUGGUCUAUGGCUUCUACCUCCUCCUGGCAUUUCUCUACGACAGUAAAAAGAGAAGACAGGGCUGCCCUUACAUCUACGACGCGUUUGUGUCCUACAACGUUCACGAUGAGGACUGGGUUUACAGAGAGCUACUGCCUGAACUGGAAGGAGUCCAGGGAUGGAGGCUGUGUCUGCACCACCGCGACUUCCAGCCAGGGAAACCCAUCAUUGAGAACAUCACAGACGCCAUCUACAGCAGCAGGAAGACUCUGUGUGUGAUCAGCCGUCGAUACCUGCAGAGCGAGUGGUGCUCAUGGGAGAUACAGAUGGCCAGUUACCGUCUGUUUGAUGAGCAGAAGGACGUGCUGAUCCUGCUGUUUCUGGAGGAGAUCUCGUCCAAUCAGCUGAGUCCGUUCUACCGCAUGAAGAAGCUGGUGAAGAGCCGCACAUAUCUGAGCUGGACCCAGGUCCAGAGCCACAGGGGCCUGUUCUGGGAGAAGGUUCAGAGAGCGUUAGAGUGUGACAACGAACCUGCCGACAGCCACAACCCACUGACCGCUAAUGUUUAUUAGAUGGUAACGCCAGUCUCUUGAUUGACGCUCAUAAUAACAGACUAGACAGAAUACACAUUUUGA